AAUGAAAAAAUGCUUGAAAUCACUAUUGAUUGAAGAAGUGCAAAUUAAAAAUAUUUCUGAGGCACCAUUUCACGAACCUAUCAGAAAUGGUAAAUGCUGAGGCAACAGCAGGCACCAUGGGAUGACAGUAGCAUGGAAUGGGAAAGGAGCAGGGGACGGUGGAAAGAAGGGCAGGGACCGGCCAAGAUGGCGGAGGACCUUGACGAACUGUUGGAUGAGGUGGAGUCCAAGUUGUUCUGUGGGCCCAAAUCAUUGAGCCCGGAAUAUCUCGAGAGGCCGUCGGCCAGGGGCACCACAACGAGCUGCAGCAGGACCAGCACCGACCGAGAGAUGGAGGACUAUGACAAAGACGACGAGGACAACGACGACGACGAUGACUUCAGAUCAACUAAAACAUCAUCAAAAGGUGAUGAUGAUCUUGAUGGCCUAAUUAAUGAAAUCUUUGAAGAGCCCUGUUUUCACAGAAAUCCUGUUAAAUUAAAAUCUAAAUCUUCAAAUAACACAUCUGUCAGAACUUCUAUUCAAAUGCUUGGCAAAAGAUGCAGUCCAGUAUACCUUGGAGGAAGCUCUGCUCCAUGUGGUAUAGGAACAAACACUGCCCAGAAAACAUGUGACCAGUUGCGCUGUACAGCCUGUGAUUUUCGCUUUGAUGACUACAUGUGGGAUAAAUCCUGUGAUUAUCUGUUUUUCAGGAAUAACAUGCCUGAAUUCAGCAAGUUGAGAGCAAAGAUGAUAAAGCAGAAAGGCACACGAGCCUAUGCUUGCCAGUGUAGCUGGAGAGAUAUCAAAGAACUCACUGACCUCCGGACUGAUCAGCAACUUCGAUGGGUUUGUGGUAAACAUAUCGAGCGAAGUUUUCUCACCUCAAGCCUUUUGUUAGUAAGGAAAGGCCAGCUUUUAUCUGAACAGACUCUGGAAUGAUUUUAUGGUUAAGUAAGGAAGACAAUUAUCAUUUGUGCCUCUUGGCAAAAGAGA